AUGCGGUACCGGGAGUACAUCCCCAACGACGAGGCUUCCGGCGCGCUUCGUGAUCGGUACCAGCAACUGGCAGAGUUGAUUAAGACGAGGGAGAAGGAAUAUACUGAAAUGACAGAGGAUAGGAACUCUUGGCUGGCCUCCGGAAUCGCCCCUUCGAUUUGCUGGUCCUUGGGAAGGUUCACCCUUGUCAUUCCCAGCUUGACAAAAAUGAUGUUCAAUGAGUUUUACUCAUUCAUCGAUACCAACGGUGGGAGAGAGGGAGGGUUGACAAAUCCCAACAGAAUCGAGUCCGACUCUGAGUCGGACAGCGAGGCCGAAAACAUCCGCAUCCGCAGGACUGACAAUACCAAGGCGACUAACAAGGCCAUCCAAGUCGUUAAGAGGAACAUGAAAAAUAUUGAGAAGCGCAUGAAGAAAUUCGUUGAAGACAUUACGAAGAUCGCAAAGGGCUUCAGCGACAUGAGGACCGCAGUCGGGGAUCUCCCUCGCCCUGCAGAGGCCAGACUAGAUCGUUCUAACCCAGAUAACAUCUUUGCCCCGAAAGAUGCUAGCUACAGACGCGAUGGACAAUACUCUCCGGACGCCACCCCUCCCCCUAAGAGCCGGUCCACCAGCCCAGGAAGUUACACGGCUCCCAACCCGGAAGCCAAGACACUGGAACGACUCCUCAGUCUUCAGUGUUUCCUCCGGAGCGAGUUUUCUCUCCAACAACUUGCUCUCAAGGGCAAAUACCAUUUCCUUUUGUUCAGGAAGGGAUCAGAUCACACUCAGUUUUGGUUUCUGGCUUUUGCUCUUUUAGUUUCAGGCUUAUUGGCUUUUGUUCUGUCCUUUUCUCGGUCCUUCUAUUUGGCGAUGCAUUCAGGAAAUGCAUCAGGGAAAGUGCGACUUGCUUGGUUUGGGUUUUCAUAG